UUGAAUAACAUAUAAGAAUGUGUACUACAAAGAACAUGAAUAAAACAAAAAGAUAAGUCAACACAUUUUUUGUGAAGAUCCUGUUGAGCAGUGUUGAAAUACAAGUUUCUGUAUGUUAUUAUAAUACAAAAAAGAAAUAUAUCAGUAUUUUGAAAGGCAAGUGUCCCUUUUUUUAUUAUUCUCAGUCAACAAAGUGUUAUGAACUCAAGGCACCCUCCAUGACUUACUACUUUUCUAUGGGAGGACCCAGCAGUGUUCUUUUUAUUUGUCCACAAAAAUUGUUUAUUUUUCGUACUGAAACAUUUUUUCUCACCAUCACUCCAACCUUCAUCCCAACUUUCAUCCCUGAUGCACACACACACGCACACACACACACACACAUAUACACGCACACACACAUACUCACACACACACACACACACACACAAACGCAGGCUCACUAAUGAAAAUCUUAUAAUUCUGAAGUUUGCUUCAGAACUUCUUAGUAUUUUCUAUUCAGCAGUGAAAAAAGCUGCUUGGUGAUUUUUCAAAUGUUUUUUUGGCACUAAAUGUUUCCCUGUUUGAAAUAUCAUUGUGAAAUGCUGAAUUGUUGCAUGCCGCAUCUACUCUUCAUGUAUCAUGUAACUUGGAACUAGAAAGUGUGCUUUAUGAGAUGUUCUGCCAUAUCGAAGCUCACCAGACCUUUUUUUGACGGUAUAACAUGUCGCUCAGGCUUUUAUAUCAUUUCCCCACUUUCCUCCAGUGAGUGUUCUAUCCUGUCUUAAGUGGCUACUAUUUGUGUAAGACAGUUGAUUUGCAACCAAUGUCUUGUGAAGUCAGCAAAAUAAAGUGCUCCUUUCUGUACAAAUUUCAUCAUUUUCUUUGGGUAAUAUGCGCAAUUUUAUAUAUUUAAUUUAAUUCUAUCACUGUCUAUUCAUUUUAAGCUAAAGUACUUGCUUUUUAAAAUAUAAUGUGACAUUUGCUGUAUUAUCUCUUUAUUUCAGACGGUCAAGACUUUUUGGUCAAUAGUAUGAGUUCCGACUGAGACUCUGUGUCUGUGCGUUGGUUGCAGAUCUUGUGGUUGGCUGGCAGAAUCUCUGACCAUGACCAGCAUGCAGUCUCCAGGGGCAUACAACACGCAGCCUCCAACGUCUGAUGAUGAAGAAUUUUGCUUCACAAGCAAAAGACCAGAGGGGCGCCCGGAACUUGUCCACCUUCAGCACCCGUCUUGCUUCCGCCAGUUUAGCUACGGAAGUGUGUCGUCCGACAAUGACGAUGCUUGUUUCAUCGACGCCCUAGAGCAACCACAAUGCCCUUUCGAGGAUGACCUUGGCAGUCACGGGAGCCCGCAGCCGAGUGUGGGUGAGCAGCUGUCGCGGGCACGCCAAGGCUCCAUUGUGGAUGGUCUGCUGCACGAGAUCUACGACCGCUGGCACUACAGCCGCCAUGACAGCAUCGACAGCGACACCAUGACAGAGUGCUCUAGCACCUCUGAGUUCUUCUUCCAUUCACGGCAUGAAGCAGGUGGCUACCAUUCAGCGAUAGAGAGACGCCACGGCGGGCAGCUCAACAGGUCUUUCCUGCAAAACCAAA